AUGCUUGGGAUUGAGAACGGUAACGAGAUUGACAACUUGACUGUAAGUGUUCUUGAUGGGCGUUAUCUGCUUCACUACCUUCUGAAUGUCAAGGAUAAUCCAGCCAUAUUCGACAGUGUUUCCCAAUUGGUUAAAUAUUACAAGUCCGAAAAAAUCGGGUCUGGUAAUUUCUGUGAUGUCUAUCGAGGGAAAGUAACCAUCGAGAAUAAAGAGGUCGAUGCUGCUGUAAAGAUCUGCCAUCCUCCCAACAACGAAGUCUCCCCGCGAGAUCUGCUCGAAGCCAGAACAAGCAUGAUCAACGAGGUGAAAAUGAUGGCACGAUAUCGGGACGAAAACCUGAUCAAGUUCUACGGCGUUGCAUGUGAUAGGCCUCCGGUGAUGAUUGUGAUGGAACUAUGCAGUGGUGGCAGUCUAGACAGUCAUCUUCGUGCUCGAGGCAAAUCAACCAGCGAUACGGAGAAGCUUAUUUAUCUGUACGAGGCUAGUUGGACUACUUCGUCAGGAAUGCGAUACUUACACUCUGUGAAUUGUGUUCAUCGUGACCUGGCAGCCAGGAACUGCUUGAUCUCCAGAGAGGGAACAAUCAAAGUUUCUGAUUUCGGCCUGAGCGUUAUACUGGAAAACGGGAAAACCAUGUGCAGAUCAGUGCUCAAAGAAGCACCAAUAAGGCAUAAAAAUGGGGAUUUCAGGUGGUUGGCGCCCGAAUGUUGCUACAAGAAGCCAUUGUUCUCUAAGAAAAGUGAUGUGUGGGCAUUUGGAACAUUAAUGUUUGAAGUGUUCUCAAAUGGCAGUAAGCCUUUCCUCGACUACGAAGAUCUGGCAAUAAUACGGGCAAUACGAAAAGCUGCUAUGCCUCCACCACCACCUGGUACACCCGUGCUAGCAGCUAGCCUUUUAAAGCAGAUUUGGUCAGUUCAGUUCGAAAAAUGCGAUGAAAAAGUGUACAGAGAAGGUGGACUUCUCUGGGAUGUGCGGUAUACUCGAACUGCUCUUGGAGACGUAGAAGAGUUUAAUGCGGUUAUGGUCCUCGCAUUAAAUGAGGAUAAACAAGAGGGAACUGAGAAGCUGAUCAUAGAAGAAUUGUUCGGCCUCACAGGUGUGAACGGGGUAGAUUCGACCGGAGCGUGGUAG